AUGGCGGAUGUCGACGAUGAUCCAGUAGUUUCUGAAAUUAAUGUAGCCAUUUCAAAACAAACUGCCAAUCUUCUAUGUUUCCUGCAGUAUCCACUUCAUUCUAAAUUUGUCAAUUUCGACUCAAGUUCAGUGGCAGGGGUCAAAGUUAAGUUCCAGUCUCAAAAGCUACAAAUAGAUUUGAAGCCAUUGUCUGGCAUGUUUGAGGAAAAAAGAGAUUGGGCUCUGGAUGGUGAUGAAGAGAACAAUGUAAAUACAAAUAGAUUUCUUAAAUCAGCAACUCCAAAUACAAAUGCGAAUCAUUUUGCAUUGGGUUGUUUUGUCGAUAACACAUUUUUUCUCAAUCCAAUUUCAACAAUUUAUGAGUUAAGACCAAAUAUGGUUGAUAAAAAGAAGAAACAUAGCUCAGUUGAAAAUGAUAAUGAUGACAAUACAGAUGCAGAAAUAGUUACGCCAAUUUUGAAACAAAAAGAGACAGAUGCCGCAAAAAGCAAAAGACUCGCUUCCUAUGAACAUCUCAAAAAUUUCCAAGAUAAGGAAGCUUGGGUCUCCUUAGAUCUCUACACAAUGUCUGAGAAUGAGUUCCAGAACUCAUUUAGCAGCAGGUUAAAAACGAAUCCCAUCUCUGAAUUCUACAUGACCGCAUUCGAAUAUGUUAACACUUUAGCUGGCGUUGAAGAUGUGAAAAGUGAAUUCAGACUAGAAAAUUGUGCACAGCAUCAAACUGUUGAAAAAUUGAAAUCCUUCAAGCUAAAUGAGCAAGUGAAGCUGGUGAUGGAAUGGUCAAAAGUCAUUAGCUUCAAGCAAAUAAUUUCUCUACUGCCUGAAGUUCAAAGUGUUGAUGACCUAUUGAAACAUCUACAGCAGGUUGCCAUCCUAAUACAGGGAAAUUGGGUCAUAAAAAGUGAUUUGUUAUUUGGGAACCAUCAAUCCUGUCAGACCCUAAGGGCCAUCAGGGAUUUCAUUUUAUACCAGUUUGCCCAUGAUAAUAAGAUCACCAGAGCAGAAGUUAAUAAGUUUUUUGGGCUUACCGAAGUCGAUGAAAAUUUGAUUUUAUAUGAUAUCUCAGAAAUGUGUGUAGGUUCUAAGAAGUGGAAGUUCUGUGUGGAGAGGGAUGAUGAUUUCAUCGCAAGGUUCUCUGAAAUAGCAGAAAGGCAGUUGCUACUUAUAAACAGAAGAUACCAACAGAUUAAAAACUCGUAUUUUCAUCAAAAAUAA